UUUGGAGCAUCGACGACAAUGGUCGGGACCAAUGGUAGUAGUAGGCUUUGGAUCGAAAUGAAGAUCGUUCUGGGCGUUCUGGUGAUGUGCUAUGUAGUAGGCGUUGCCAGUGCUUUCGAGGAUAGCGCGAAGAGUGCUACAUUUCCAGUAGGCGGCGCAAAGGAAGAAAGUGGUCGAGCUACGGCGGAAGUGGAGGCGUACUACGGGCAAAUGUGGUUUCGCUUAUGGCAGGGACCAUUGAUGAUGGUGCUCAAAACGACGGCAACAUUGGCCUUCUUGAUGUUUACCUUUGGGACGACGGCAAUUCAAGGCGCAGCACAUUACUACAAAAACUCGAAUGAGCACGAUGAGUUACCAACUGUAAUUAAUGGCUAUGUGGAAAAUUAUGGAACUCCUGCAAUCUUGUCAUUUUGGGGUUGAAUGAACUCACACAAACUAUGGAAAUAAGACUGAGUAAAUCAUUAGAAUAAGAUUAUAUAUAGUAAUUUAUUUAUUUAAAUUUGUGAACAAUAAACAUUUGAAGUAUAUAUUUUAUCACAGUAAAAAAUGUGUUGCUUUUAAAUUUCUAAAUACACUUUUAUCCAAUGAACAGCAUAUCGCAUUAAACUUCCGAACCUACGUAAUUCAGUAUUUUCGUCGAGUAAUUAUUAACUAUAGUAGAAAUAAACUUAUCUGAAAGUCUUGUGAAACAGCCUUUAGAGAGGAUUACCGAGAUAGCGAGUAUGAGAGAUGAUCAGUCUAAAAUGGAAUUACAUACAUCUAAUAAGCGAGUAUCCUCCGUAUGUCCUCAAACAUACAAAAAAUGGUGUUGAACACAUAUGUUUUGCCUAUUUAAGGUCAGUAUCCGCAAUUCAAAGCCUCGUACCUUCUU